AUGGGUAUCCCAGCGGCUUUCCGGUGGUUAUCCACCAAAUACCCCAAGAUCAUUUCGCCGGUGAUCGAGGAUAAGCCUGUUGAAAUGGAAGAUGGCACCUCUAUCCCCGUCGACAUUACAAAGCCGAACCCAAAUGGCGAAGAGUUCGAUAACCUUUACCUGGACAUGAACGGCAUCGUCCAUCCCUGCGCCCAUCCAGAGGACAGGCCAGCACCCCAAGAUGAGGAGGAGAUGAUGCUGGAAAUCUUCAAGUAUACCGACCGCGUCUUCAACAUGGUCAGGCCUCGCAAGGUUCUGAUGAUUGCUGUUGAUGGUGUCGCCCCUCGUGCCAAAAUGAACCAGCAGCGAUCGCGCCGCUUCCGAUCCGCCCAGGAAGCCAAGGAAAAGGCCGAAGACAAGCUUGAGCUCCUCAAGCUGCUCAAGCAACAGAAGGGCGGCGACGUCAGUGCCGAGACCCUCGAAAGCGUCACAAAGAAGGCCUUUGACACCAACUCCAUCACUCCCGGCACCCCGUUCAUGGACAUCUUGGCCGGCAGCCUGAGGUAUUGGUGCGCGUACAAGCUCAACACAGAUCCGGGCUGGGCCAACGUCAAAAUCAUCAUCUCGGACGCAACAGUGCCCGGAGAAGGAGAACACAAGAUCAUGGACUUUGUGCGCUCGCAGCGAUCAUCGCCCGAUCACGACCCCAACACGCGACACGUCAUCUACGGCCUGGAUGCCGAUUUGAUCAUGCUGGGACUGGCCACUCACGAGCCUCACUUCCGUGUCUUGCGUGAGGAUGUUUUCUUCCAGCAAGGCAAACCGAGGCUGUGCAAGCUUUGUGGCCAGAAGGGCCACGAUGCACAACAAUGCAAGGGAGAGGUUAAGAAGAAGGAAGGCGAGUUUGAUGAGAAGCAGAAUGCCGAGCCACUGAAACCUUUCAUCUGGCUACACGUGUCUAUUCUGCGCGAGUACCUGAACGUUGAGCUCUACGUCCCGGACUUGCCGUUCCGCUUUGAUUUGGAGAGAGCCGUGGACGAUUGGAUCUUUCUUUGCUGUUUCGUCGGCAACGAUUUCUUACCCCAUUUGCCCGCACUUGAAAUCCGAGAGAAUGGUAUCAUCACCUUGACCUCGAUCUGGAAACAGAACCUGCCCCGGAUGGGUGGGUACGUCACAAAGGACGGCCACAUUGACCUGGAACGUGUUCAGUACAUUAUGGAUGGCCUAGCAAAGCAAGAGGACUCCAUCUUCCGGAAGCGUAAGGAACAGGAGGAUCGCAGGGACGCCAACGCGAAGAGGCGCAAGAUGCAGGACGACAGAGCCAAGUGGGGAAAUAACAGCGCCAACGGGCCGCACGUCUCGGAGCCUCCCAAGGCAAUCACUCAUGACAUGGUGGUUAACCGCGCCGCUGCUCAGAUGGAUGCUAACGUCGCCAACAAGAGCGCAGCGAGCAUGCUUAAAAGCCAGUUGAAGGCGAUGCAAUCCCAAGCCCCCGAAACAAGCGCUCCUGAGACUCCAGUCAAGGAAGGGGUCGCUUCUGAAGAAACCACCCCUGCUUCAGCUCUUGGCAAGCGCAAGGCUGCCCUCAUGGAGGAUGGCGAUAGCCCUGCUCCCAACAGCCCUACCCCUGGAACGCCGGCCAGUGGAAACGGCGAAGCGGUCGACACUGUGAGGCUCUGGGAGGACGGGUACGCAGAUCGUUACUACGAACAAAAGUUCCAUGUCGACCCCAAGAACGUUGAAUUCCGCCACAAGGUGGCGCACGCGUACGUCGAAGGCCUUGCCUGGGUUCUUCUCUACUAUUUUCAGGGAUGCCCGUCUUGGGAGUGGUUCUACCCGUACCAUUAUGCUCCAUUUGCUCAAGAUUUCGUCGGUCUCAAGGACCUUGACAUAACGUUUGAAAAGGGCAGAAAGUCCAAGCCUUACGAACAGUUGAUGAGCGUCCUGCCGGCCGCAUCACGCGAUAACUUACCCCCCAUCUUCCACGAUCUCAUGACCAAAGAGGACAGCGAGAUUAUUGACUUCUACCCUGAAGACUUUGAGGUAGAUCUGAACGGCAAGAAAUUCGCCUGGCAGGGUGUUGCGCUUCUGCCUUUUAUUGAAAUGGACCGGCUGCUUGCUGCAGUCCAGGCCAAGUAUCCACAGCUGACCGCUGAUGAGGCAGCCAGGAACGGUCUUGGCAGAGACGUACUUAUCAUUUCGGAUGCUCAUGCGCCUCUGUACGAUGAUCUUAUUACGAACUUCUACUCGAAGCGUCAGACAGGUUCGACCUAUAAGCUCGACCAGAAAAAUAGUGACUUGCUGGCUGGAGUUGUGGAAAAACUGCCAGAUUAUCUUCCUCAUGGUUCUCUCGUGUAUCCUCUGGAGAGGAAAUGCAUGCCGGACGUCGAAUAUGACCGGUCACUAACAGUUUAUUACGACAUGCCCCAGGCUGUUGCACACAAGUCAAUGCUUCUUCGUGGUCUGAAGAUGCCUACACCUGCACUAACCCGUCACGACAUUGAUGACCUGAAGAACAAGAUGCGCGGCGGUGGAGGCCGCGGUGGGUAUGGCGGCGGUCGCGGUGGUGGUGGUGGUGGUGGUGGUGGUGGUUACGGUGGAGGUGGCAGAGGUGGUUACAAUGGGAAUAAUGGGAACAACAGUAACGGCGGCCACCGGAAUGGGGUCGACUCGUACAGCCCGCGCGACCAGCGUGGUGGCAGACCCCCGCAGCAUCAGUCUUGGCAGCCUCCUCCCCCAGGAUCGGCCGGCUUUGGGAUGGGCGUGCCGCCUCCUCCUCCCCCAGCUCACCACUAUGGCGGCCAUGGUGGAGGCUACAACGAUAGGUAUGCGCAGGGUUACCCCCCAAGCUACCCACAGUACCCACCACCAGGCCAAGGAUAUCCUCCAGCCUAUCCUCCGUCAUAUGGACCACCACCGGGUCAGUACGGUGGUGGUGGUCAUUACCCGCCGCCUCCUCCUCCCGGUCACAACCAGUCAUACCGUCCCGAUGAUCGUGGGUACAGGGGUGGUUACAAUGGUGGUAGGGAUAGAGGGCCUCCACGAGGUGGUGGUGGUGGUGGCGGUGGUGGUAGAGGAAGAGGAGGUUAUGGGAGGUGA